UAAUUCGGUCUCUGUACCCGAUUGCAUAUUUGCUUAUUUAGAUUGCAAGUUCAUCUUCAAUUGAGGAUAUUGAACCAUGGCUUUGGCACUACAGCGACGAGCAAACGUUCGCCUUCCACCUGAAGUCAACAGAGUUUUGUAUAUACGAAAUCUGCCGUACAAAAUCUCUGCCGAAGAAAUGUAUGAUAUUUUUGGAAAAUAUGGAGCAAUUAGGCAAAUCCGUGUAGGAAACACACCAGAAACCAGAGGUACUGCUUUUGUAGUGUAUGAAGAUAUAUUUGAUGCAAAAAAUGCCUGUGACCAUCUCUCAGGUUUCAAUGUCUGCAACAGAUACUUGGUUGUAUUAUAUUACCGAUCCAACAAAGCUUUCAAGGGUAUGGAUAUUGAGAAGAAACAAGAGGAAUUGGAUACUCUAAAGAAGAAAUAUGGCAUCUCAUCAGAAGAGCUGCGAAAAUAAUUUUGUGUUUUUAGAUAAGUUUUCUAGUAUAAUGUGUAAGACAAUUAAAUUUAAUAUAAGACAA